AUGAAUACGGUACACUCCACCAGCGCCACCCUUGCCUCCCUCAACUCAGCAGAUGUCUACGAUUCCGAUGGCAUCGACCCGCGGGAGAGCCCGCCCCUACAGCAAAAGACGCUGAAGCUGCGCAUAACUCCUAGCCCCCCGCCCAAAGUGACUGAAGCCAAACCGUCACUCGGACAGACUGUGCUUCUGCAGUACAUGGCAGGCGGGCGGAACCCUGAUAUUGCUCAUUUUGCCAGCCAAUGUGUCCCCUCUGACGAGUCCGAGGAGGACGAAGACGACGACGAGGACGACGAGGACGAGGAUAUUGGCCGGACCCGCGAGUCGACCUCGGAAUUCCUAAACAACGACUCAGACAGCGAUAAAGACGACGACGAGGAUAGCACGGACGAGGACGGUGUCCGGAGGAGCCACAAGGAGAUAUCCGACCAGAACCACAAACGUCUGUUUAUUGGAGAGACAAGGCAACGAUACUCAACAGACGCCAGGCCGUCAAGGCCAGAACAGCAGCAGCAGCCAUCAGUACACCGUGAAGGGCGUGAAAGGUCUCCAAGAGGCAAACAACGGCAGCAAUCACCUAACAGCCCACUGACAUUAGACAACGGCGAUGACGCCAUGUCUCUGGACGAACCUAGCCCUCCGCCACAGAGACCGCCGCAGCAAUCACAUCAGCACGGCCGGCAGCAGCAAGAAAAGCCGGAACGGAGUCCUGAACAUGACAGAAAACAACAACAUGCGGGAUCCGGAGCCGCCGGUACGGUCCCUUUAGCGGGCGCAAACCUAGCUGCGAUAGCAAUGGCUGCGGCGGGAGCCAUCGCGAAUCCAGGCCAGAGUGGACAGCCAUCCGAUGUCACAAUACCGCGGACAACCUCCAUCGGUAUCAGACCUGAUACGAGCCUGGCUCCCCCGCCACCUCCGCGCUCACCAGGAGCCAAGAGAGACCACAGCGGCGCUCUCAAGCCCAUAUCUGUCGCACCCGGUGGCCUUCGCUUGGAAAGCAUCGUAUUGUCCCCGCAACAACAGCAUGGCGGCCGCCCGGCUGGGCCUAUGGACGCCGCAGGCAGCAGGAGCGGCGGUGGCCUCAGUCCAGAACAAAUGCGCCGCCAGUACUCUUCCUCGUCGCAAAACGCCGUUCCCGCAUAUUCGCCUCGCCCCGGCAGCACCGCGUCCCACCAGGACCAGCAAUCCGACCAGUCCCAAUUACUAACCCCGGCAUCCGCCGUAACGCCUGGAGCAAUGUCCGCUUCCUCGACGACGUUUCCACCUCUUCUUUUGAGAGACGACCGCUCUGUGGUUGGCAGCACUGGGGCCUCGUCACUCGCCACGCCCUCAUCUACACACUCACCCAACGACUACCACUCCCCUUUCUCUCCAAAUGGUACCGGUGUCGCUGCAUCGCCGGCGCAGAUCACGGCAUUCUCGCCGCUGAACCAAGCUGACUUCCACGUCUACCGACAAUCCACUGGUAGUUCCCUGCCGUCGCUACCGCCGAUGCAACCGUACGGCUCGCCACGAAACGAUAUCAAUAGCGCCGCGUCUCCUAUGUCUGCAAAUACCCCGGCGGGCCAUACUCCCAGCAACCACAGCAGCAGUGGCAGUGCUGGACAGUCACAACAAACCCUGCUCCCGCCGAUCCUGACCAUGCGUCGCCAAACAGCACACACCUGGGUCGACUGGCCGGCCAGCCGCCUCCCCUGGACACCUAUUGAACCCGAUGGUGACGUCUCCGCUACCGGGCCCGGUAGCAUGAUCCUCCCUCCGGUCAGACACGACAGUACGCCGCGCCAGCAACCAUCGAUCGAGUCUCUCACCAGUCACAUGCUGCCGCACUCGCCCAAUGGCCAGCAUAUGCCGCCGCCACCACUCGCUCACCCUCAGCAACAGCCGCAACAACGACCAUCACAGCCGUUGCAUACGGCGGCCCAGGGCCCGUACAAGUGUGAAGUGCCGGGCUGCACCGCCGCGCCUUUCCCGACACAAUACCUCUUGAACUCUCACGCCAAUGUGCACUCCUCUGCACGGCCGCACUACUGUCCUGUCUCUGGCUGCCCACGAAGCGAAACCGGUAAGGGCUUCAAACGCAAAAAUGAGAUGAUCCGUCAUGGUCUUGUGCACCAGUCGCCGGGCUAUGUGUGCCCGUUUUGUCCGGACCGGGAGCACAAGUACCCGCGUCCAGACAACUUGCAAAGGCACGUCCGUGUUCACCACAAAGAAAAGAGCAAAGACGAUCCCCUUCUACGCGAUGUCCUGGCUCAGCGCGCGGAGGGUCCCAGUCGAGGCCGCCGCCGCCGCCUGUAA